UUCCCGUUUAAAUUACCUUUCCCUUCCUUUCAUCGUUCCCAAAACAUCUCCAUUACUUGCCAAUAACUAGCCCAGUAGUCCUCUCUCCUCCAUGGCCAAAACCUUCUCAAGACUCCCUUUUAUUCCUCUCCUCUUUCUCUCCAUUACUCUCUUCUUCUCAAAUACUCUUACUACAGCAAAAUCUAACAGUUUCUCAAGAAUCCUAUCCCCAGCCACACUAGGCCUUAAAAGGGAGAAACUAAGCCACCUUCACUUCUACUUCCACGACAUAGUUAGCGGCCGAAACGCCACGGCGGUCCCGGUAGCUAGUGCAGACAUGACCAACCACUCCUCAUCUGCGUUUGGACUGGUGAAUAUGAUGGAUGACCCUUUAACCGCAGAGCCUCAUCUCAGCUCCAAAAUUGUAGGAAGAGCACAAGGGAUUUACGCAUCAGCUUCACAAAGUGAACUCAGUUUCUUAAUGGUGCUGAAUUUUGCUUUCACUCAAGGUAAAUAUAAUGGUAGCAAUCUGAGUGUUUUGGGACGAAAUAGUGUUUUUUCUGGGAUCAGAGAGAUGCCGAUUGUCGGUGGAAGUGGGCUUUUUCGGUUUGCUCGGGGCUAUGCUCAGGCGAAAACUCAUGAACUUGACCUGAAAACAGGGGAUGCUAUUGUGGAGUAUAAUGUCUAUGUCUUCCAUUAUUGAGUUUGAGGCUGCUUCUAUUUUGUUUGUUUUUCUUUUGGCUUAAUAAAAAAAGAAUAUUGCUUCUGUGUUUUA